AUGUCGGACAUUCCACCCCAAGAUAUCAACAUGCGGCAUCUUACCGGCACGGGCCAAGCGCCCUCUGGUGGGCUAGAUCAGGGCUUUGUGCAACGCACAGGGUCGCAGUCCGGUCACGACACGGCGCAAUCCUCAGGUCCAAUGCAAUGGGAACGGCCAGCGGGCCAGCUGGGCGACAGCAGGAACGUUGCUACGUUCGGCUUUCCGAUCAGCCCCUUCACCCCGCUUCCAUCCGAUCCGUCAACUUCUCAACGGGAUCCGUUCUAUGCCCCUGGUUUUGAUCCUCUGCCGUCUCAGUCGGAUCCUUUCGUCGGAACGCCGUCGCAGCCAUGGGACUACUAUCCAAUGGUGUCCCAAGAGUACGAGAUGCAAUACAGCACGGCUGGCACUCCAUCGCCCCUCGGUCCCUAUUCUGGGUAUGCAGCAAACGGUUUUUUGGAUCCGGUAUAUGCUGCGCAACUCUUCCAGCAAUCUCCUUCCGAGCAACAGCCGCCCACUCAAUCUGGCCCGGAUCACGCGCCCGCUCCGCACGCCGAGGCGGAUUCUCAGGGGCCACCUACCAAGGAUCGGAAAGGAAAGAAGAGGGAGAGGAGCGGUUCAGCCAUCGCUACCGCUGAGAAAGCCGAAUCGAGCAAGCAGAAAAGAAAAACAAACGCCUCGGCAUCUUCUGAAAGGGAGUGCGUCGUGUGCCGGCAGCGGUUUGAAAACGGAAAGCAGUUGUCGGCCCAUCGACGCAAGUGCGCUACCGAAAUAGAACUCCUAUUCAAGGACGAGACGAAGGUCAGAUUCACUCGUGCGCCGGACGCUUCGUACGUCUGCUAUUGCGACUUCAACCCCCACGGCCAUACGUUCCAAAACAACGAGUCAUUCCGAAGGCACGUUCACUUGCCAGGAGGCGCAAGUCGACCUUGGGAUCCGAAGGGGGUUUUUGCGGGUCUUUCCGAGCAGGCCCGAUCCAAAUGCGGCUCUACAGCGCUCGUAUUGAGCGGCCCUUCGGUUCCAGUGAUUCCGACAAGCCGGACGAUCAGCAAUGGCCAAGCGUCUACGCAUUUCCGAUCUCUUGCAAGGGGUCCCGGGCCAUCAGAUGAGUCGGUACCGGAGACCCCUUCGAUGACAAAAGCACAGGGGGUCCAGCAUACGGCUUCAUCGAAGCGUCAGCCUGGUUUAACCGCUAGGAUGAAGAUCAAUCACGAUAAGGGUGCCGUGCAAGACGCAGGAAGGGUUGGGGAACCACAGGAAGAUAAUCCCCGAGCGCAGAGUCUAGGGACGGGAUAUGCUUCACGCCCCUCCAGUCCGGCCGAAAGCGUCAUCCCAGAGCACGACGAGAGCUCGCCUACAUGCAUAGAUUAG